CCAUAAAAUAAUUUCCAUACUCGUAGCCUUGUGAAAGAACAACACCACCACAAGACAAGGAAAAGGCCACUUGCGAUAUCACCCCAUCAUUAACGUGGAGACUUUCUCUCAUAUGUACCUUGAGUCUGCCGCACUGGGUGAAAGUCGUUGAUCCUCAAGUUUUUGGACAAGAACGUUCUUUUCCAAUUGGCCAUGUCUUCUUCGCAGGAUUGGAUUCAUACUCUUAUGAACCCCUCGCCGUUGGGCUUGAUCAUUACAAUUAUCCUGGUCCUUUCGAUACCGAUAUUCCUCCACUCUGUAGUCUUUCGCGCAACUGGUUUCACAUCUUUACCCUCGAUUGUGUUAAUUGGACCAAGCGGCGCAGGCAAAACGGCACUUCUUACUCUUUUCGAACGAGAGAACAAGCCUGCAACCACUCAUACUUCUCAAACAAUUUCAUCUGCCGAAUGUUCUCUACCGGUAGAUGCAGUAGCUGCCUCGAAUAAAUAUCGUUCAGUCAAUGAUCCUACCAAUCAAGUUCACAAGAAAUUCCUCUUAAUUGAUACUCCCGGGCAUGGAAAACUGCGACACCAUGCAUUCGAACAGCUCUCAACUUCUCAAAAUCUUCGAGGUGUAAUAUAUCAAGUCGAUGCUACUACAUUGGGAGCUGGAGAUGAAGGUCUAAGAGAGGCUGCCGAUUAUCUACACGAUCUACUUCUCCUCAUGCAAAAGCUCAUGGAUGGAAAAACUACCACAAAGGCGCCUCAAGAACUACCAAUACUCAUUGCUGCCAACAAGAUGGAUCUAUUCACUGCUCUUCCAGCCGCAUUAGUCAAAAGUAGUCUGGAAAGAGAAAUUACCAAAGUUAGAGUCUCGCGAUCGAAAGGUCUACUUGAUUCGGGAAUGUCUACAGAGGAGGACGAAGAUAAAGAUGAAUGGCUUGGAGAGAUGGGUUCUACCGACUUCAAGUUUUCACAAAUGGAGGAGUUCAACAUCUCUGUUGAAGUAGCUGGUGGUAAUGUAAUUGGAUCUGAUGGUGGAUCCGUUGAUGCUUGGUGGAGGUGGGUAGCCAACAGAUUAUAA